UUACACUACUAUAGGUACUGUUGUAGUGUGCACUGCAAUAACACACUUGCGUUCCACUGUGACUACUGACCACAGCGUCCACAGCUGCCAUUGCUGCCGAUUCGAGUUUAUCAAUAACGCCUGACCAGGGAAUCCCGUCCGAAAUCACGAUCGCGUAGUGUUGCGUUGAUCCUUCCGAAAAAAUGGCGAAAACCUUCUCGUCUGUCAUCAGUCCCAACAAUGUAUUAAAAUUCCGUGACGCAUUCUUCAGUGAUGCCAAAAAUGUGUUGGCCCAAAAUGCUUGUUCUCGUGUUAGCCCGACAGAAGUGAGCACAUCAAGAAUUAGAGUACAAGAAACCCAUCAUUAUUACACACACAAGAUUGAAACUGAAGGCAAACCAGUAACUAACCAAAGGAGUUCAGGUCGUUGUUGGAUAUUUGCAUGUUUAAAUGUGAUCAGAGUUCCAUUCAUCAAACAAUUCAACUUAGAAGAAUUUGAAUUCAGCCAAGCUUAUAUAUUUUUUUGGGACAAGAUUGAAAGAAGCAAUUAUUUUUUAAAUGCAAUUGUACAAACCGCUAAGCGUGGUGAAACUGUUGAUGAUAGAACCACUGCUUGUUUACUCACUAAACCUAUUGAAGAUGGAGGUCAGUGGGAUAUGUUGGUCAACAUCAUAACCAAGUAUGGGUUGAUGCCAAAGAAGAAUUUCCCAGAGUCGUUCAGUUGUGAAACUAGUAAUACUAUUAAUGUUAUACUGAACAGCAAGCUUCGAGAAUUUGCCAUAAUAUUGCAUAAACUUGUCAGUGAUCAUGCUACAGACAAUGAGAUUACAACUAAAAUUGAAGAGCAAAUGGAGAUCAUUUAUCGAAUUGUUGGUAUUUGUAUGGGUAUACCACCAACCACAUUUGAAUGGCAAUACUAUGAUAAAUCUAAAGUGUUCAACACUGUUGGACCUAUUACACCAUUGGAUUUCUAUUUGACACAUGUCCGCCCUGUGUUUGAUGUCGUAGAAAAAGUGUGUUUGAUUUCGGAUCCAAGACCAAAUAACCGUUAUGGUAAAUUGUAUACAUUAGACAUGUUAAAUAAUAUGGCUGGUGGACGCAAAGUUCUCUAUAACAACCAGCCAAUUGAAGUAUUAAUCAAAGCAGCUCAAGAAUCCAUUGUAAAUAAAGGUGAACCAGUAUGGUAUGGAUGUCAAGUGAGCAAACGAUUUUCUGAUAAACUUGGAUUGGAAGAUUUGAAAAUUCAUGAUUACCAGCUAGUAUUUGGAACUGAUGUAUCAAUCCCAAUGACUAAAGCACAGCGUAUGUUAUAUGGUGAAUCUGCCAUGACUCACGCGAUGGUACUAACUGGAGUCAAUGUAGAAAAUGGUAAUGCAACAAAGUGGCGUGUUGAAAACUCUUGGGGUGAAGAACGUGGCGACAAGGGUUACUUGAUGAUGACCACAGAUUGGUUUAAGGAAUAUGUGUUUGAAGUGGUUGUAGACAAGAGUCUUUUAUCUGAAGAGGUAUUAUCUGUGUUCCAACAAGAACCUCAAGUACUUCCUAUUUGGGAUCCAAUGGGAACAUUAGCUUAAUUAUUACUGAAUUAUUAUUUUUAAUUUUUUUUUUCAUACCUAUCUUAUUAUGUAUAAAUAUUAUAUAAUAUGCAGUUAUUUAUAAUAUAGAGUUUGAAAAUGUCAUGCCAUUUGUUUGUAUUG